AUGGCUAGUGUUCUGCGGUUCAACAGGAGAUACAUCCUGCUGGUAGGAGCCACUGCUGCAUUCUUAAUCACCUGCGUUUUAUACAGAUUAAACGGUAAAGCAGCAGCACCUGCACCACCACUUCCAGUAAGAGACACACCUUCAUAUUGGCCAACACCGUUAGAACAAGCUGUUUGUCAACCCAAAAUCUAUGUAUAUAAAGCCCCGGCAACAUUCCAAGUGUCAAAGAAAGUACAAGAAGAUAGAUGCCAUGAGUCCAACUACAAUUCGGAAAUCAUCUUACAUAAUCAACUCACUGAUCCCUCAAGUCCUAUAUACAGAUACUACGUUACUGAAAACCCUGAAGAAGCGACGUUUUUCUUUAUCCCUUUCUUUGGAGCCUGUUAUCUAUACAAUUGCUGGGCUGAAAAUGAAUGGAAAUGGGACGAACGUUGCAAUGUGGAUACCAACUACGUCGAUCCCAUGAUGGACAUGGUGAUUAACGACUUCCCUUACUGGAAUCAGACAAACGGCAGGAAUCACAUCAUGAUUCACCCUAUGGACCAAACAUUCACUUAUUACCAGAACAAUGCUCGUUUCCAGCCAGCUGUUUUCUUGAAAACGGUUGGCGACAAGAGAGAAAAGUGGAUGCACCGCCAUCGCUAUGGAAGAGAUAUCGUCAUUCCGUCCUCUACACGAAUGAUCCACCAUUUACGAGUCGAUCCGCUUACUUUCUUGAACAGUGAUGGACGCCCCAAGUCUGGCAAAAGAGAUAUCUUUGUCCUGUUUCAAGGUUGCUGCCCUGAUGUCAAGCCUGAAGAUGAAUACUCCAACGGCAUUCGAUCUCUGAUGUUCCAGUAUUUCUCGCAUUACCCUGGAUAUGAAAUUGGUCAAGUGAUUGCAGAUCAGGAAUAUGUCCAAAAACUGGCUCGUGCGAAAUACGGCCUUAGCCCUAUGGGUUGGACAUUGGAUACCACUCGUAUCUGGGAGUUUAUGGCGUUUGGUGUUGUUCCUGUGGUCAUUGCAGAUGGCAUCAUUGAGCCUUUUGAAUAUGAUGUAGAUUGGGAUUCGUUCAUUGUCCGUGUCCGCCGUGAUCAAGUGCAUAGACUGGAUGAGAUCCUCAGAGGCAUUGAUGAUGAAACUUAUGAAUACAAGCGUCAAAAACUAUGGGAAUACGGUCGUCGUGUUGGACUGGAGAAAGAUGCAUGGCACUUUAUUGUUCGAGAGCUGUGUAGGAUGGAGAACAUCCAGGCUCCCGUCAAUCUUGGCUUAGGAUAUUAA